UAGUACCUACAUUGCGUUUGUGGUGAUCAAAGGGACGGGAGCGGCCUUUAUUUAGUGCGCCCACACAAAAUAGUUGAAGGUGAAAAAAAAAGUUUUCUACAUGCAAAGCACUGAGUGUCGGUUUACAAAAAGCUUUUGUCCUCUGUUGAAGAUGGAUGUCCGUGCGUUCUUGCUCGUCGUUGCUGCGGCAUUGCUGUCCCUCGCUUGGGGUGUGUCGUAUGGAAGUGAGAAAAUUGUUGUUCAAUCCAAAACAGGAAAGGGUAAGCUAGGCCUGUACGGCUUCAGUUUCCAGGACUGUGGUGGACCCUCGGCUGUCCUGCAUGGCAGCGUCAGUGUCUCUCCCAACAACCCCAUCGUCCUUCCAGGGGAUCUUACAGUCUCCUUCGAUGCCGACUUUGGUGUGGACCUCAAGUCGCCCCUGAAGACGGUCAUUGUCCUCAAGAAAAAGGAGUUGAUCUGGUUGACAUUGCCAUGCAUUGAUGGAUUGGGGUCCUGCACCUACGAUGAUUUCUGCAGUAAACUCCCCCCUGUUCCGCCCGCUGGAUGCCCGCCCCCACUGAAGGCCAAGGGUAUACCCUGCAGUUGCCCCGUCAAAGCGGGUAAAUACUCGCUGCCACCUUCCGUGUUCAACAUCCCCAAUAUUCAAGUUCCAGAGUUCCUCGCUGAUGGUGAAUAUCAAGCCAACAUCACCAUGUUCUAUGGGACCAAGGAACUGGGCUGCGCUUUCCUGGAAUUCAAACUCCAGAUAAACGAGUAGAAGUCAACUCUUCACCCUGUUCACAUGAUGACCAACAACAAAGACAAAAAAA